AGCUACACUCCUCUGCUCUUCGAAUCAACCAAUCAGAAGCCACCAGGCCCUCGCACAAAGACUGGAGGGCCUUCGACAGACACCUCAGUCGUGCGCAAGUUGGAAAACAGUCAAGACGUGCUGCAGUAACCUCCAAGUUUCCCCCCCCUCCGAACUUCGUAAUCAUGUUCCAAAGCAGUAUGUUUUAUGGGCAACGCAAUGCUGCAUUGGAGACUCAGGAACGUGUACCAUGGGUAGCCCCUGACGACGCUGAAGGAAGUGAUGUCGACGUGAGCCCUUUGGACAUUGACAGUGAUGAUGACGACCCUACCUACGUUCCUGACGAAGGCCUUACUCAGGACGAUGCCUUUGACCCUCCUAACUCUAGAGCUCGCAAGGUCAAUGUUGUUGUCCCUCAAGCGAUGCCUAUGGAAGAGGAAGGUGAGCCUAACCCUAAGAGGUCUCGUGCUGAUGAAUGGAAGAAGGAAGACAUUGAUAUCCGUGCCUGCCCAACUUCAUUCAUCAGAAGCCUGACUAUUUGA